AUGAUGGCACUAGGCCUACCACCGCUCCGCCUGAACCUACAUUACAGGCUUGGCGACUAUCUUGUAAGUCCAACCAAAAAGACUCCCUUUGGCCAGUUGUCAUGCUACUGGGGCAACCUACAUACAAGGCAGGAUGUCACCACCCACUGCGAGAGGCUGCGUCGACUCCAUCUGCCGGGAGUGAGCAACUUGAUACAUCCUAUGACUAUAAAACGACCUGGCUACAAGAUACUUCUCCUUUAUGGCACUAGGGCAAAACUGUUAGCCUUUUGCUGA